UUUAAAACAAUCAUUUCAUCAAAAAAAUAAAAUAAAAAUAAAACAUGAUUUGCAACUAUGAAAUAAUGGAUGAAUUUUUAAAUGAAAACCCGGACUAUUUGGACGACUAUGUGCUCAACAAUGUAUCGACUGAUCAAAUUGAGAGAUGGCUUAUCCGUAAAAAUCGCAACAAAAAGACCAGUCUAUCCCGUUAUAAGUUUUGUGUACACGCCGACAAACGUAAAAUGAUACAAUCGUUGACCAAUUUGUUGCACGACAUGCCCCAGAAAGCACAGGUACUACACGAACUGUCCUCAACAAUAGCUUCGGCAGUCAAUGCCAGCUCAUGGAACCUAUUCCUCUAUGACUACCAUCUCAAUGAUCAGGAAAUCAAUACCUAUGAAAACAUAUGCCGUUUGUCUCAUCAUAAGACAGUGGACAGCACCGACCUAUCACUGGCACUACAUGUAUCCAAAUUCAAAAAGACAGUAUCGUGUCGUAUAGAUGAAUAUGACAGUCGGUUUCCUUAUGGUGUACCCAAUGCCCCGCAAAACGCGUCAUUCGCUAUGGCCCUGCCUAUUGUCCAAUCGGAUAACGCCCUAAUCGGUGUAUUGGAAUUGUAUAGGAAAAAGGGUUUGCCAUACUUUUUCGAGGAGGACGAGGAGAUAGCCAACAGUUAUCUAGUAUGGGGUGGAGUAGCCCUACAUUAUGCUGAGCUUUACUAUAAUCUAUCGCAACAAAGAAAAUUGAAUACGUUUUUGCUAUCAGUUGUCAGAUCAAUAUUUCAGGAUAUGGUUAACAUGGAUGUAGUCGUAUCAAAAAUAUUGGAAUACGCGCGUAAUUUGGUUAACGCGGACCGCGCGUCACUGUUUUUGAUUGACUACACCAGCAAUCAAUUGUAUCCGUUUAUAUUUGACGCCAACGACAACAACGAGGAACGGGCGCUGAAAAAAGAGAUACAUUUCCCCAUCGGAUCGGGUAUUGCCGGCAAUGUAGCCAAAACAGGUGUACCCUUGAAUAUUGCCAACGCUUACGCCGAUUCCCGAUUCAAUAGGUCUAUCGACCAGAAAACCGGUUAUCAAACAAAAAGCAUACUAUGUAUGCCUAUAUUCAUACGGGACAAAGUGAUCGGUGUCUUACAAAUGGUUAACAAAAAAGUUUUAGACAUUUUUACCAAAGAAGAUGAAGAAAGUUUUGCCGUAUUUGCCACCUAUUGUGGUCUGGCUCUGGAUCACGCACGGUUAUACGAAAAGAUACAUAAAUCGCAAGAAAAAUAUAAGGUAGCUCUGGAGGUACUGUCCUAUCAUAAUACCUGUACCAGCGAUGAGCUCCAGGAGAUCAAAUCGACACCAUUGGAUCAGUUACCAGAUGAGACUGAUCCCGAUUUUACACCCUAUCGGCUGUCCAGCGACGAAAAAGUCUUAUCAUCGGUAAAACUGAUCCAAUCGUUUAGCGGCAUUACCAAAUGUGACCAGGAUGAUAUCUACCGGUUCGCCCUGACCGUACGGAAAAACUAUCGUAAAGUACCCUAUCAUAACUGGUCGCACGGUUACUCAGUUGCCCAAACUAUCUACAUAUUUACCCGUCAAUCGGAAAACUAUUCAACCUUGGAUAAAUUUUCGUUUUUUGUAUCCGGGUUAUGUCACGAUCUGGACCAUCGGGGUACUAACAAUCAAUUUUUGGUCAACUCAUCGGCAUCCCUGGCCAAUCUGUAUUCAAAUAGUCCACUAGAGUAUCAUCAUUUUAAUCAGGCUGUAUCCAUAUUACAGCAAAACGGUAUGAAUAUAUUGAAAUGUAUGUCAUCAGAGGAUUAUAAGCUAGUGUUGGCAAACAUCAAACAUUUUAUAUUGGCUACAGAUAUGGCAAAAUUUUUUACAAAUCUUAAAAAAUUGCAAACAAUUGCCAACAAUGGAUCGUUUGAUUGGAAUCUAGAGGAACAUAAAAUCUUACUGUCAUCCCUGGCCAUGAACGGUGCCGAUCUAAACUCGACGGCCUUGCCCUGGCCCGAGGCCAGGGCUAAAACCAAAGAGCUGUUUGAAGAGUUUUACGCAAUGGGCGACAGCGAGAGGCAAAUGGGUAGAGAGCCGAUGGCACUGAUGGAUAGGUUGAAAAUCGAGGAACAGCCUAAAACACAGGUCGACUUUCUCGAAAAUAUAUCCAUACCGUGUCUACAGAUUGUGGAAAAAUUUCUGCCCGACGCACACAGUUAUCUUAAACGAUCGUUCGAAAAUUUGGACAAUUGGCGACAAUUACAUGUCGAGGCCGAUCAACGACACAAACGCUAUCAAUUGACCCGUAUGUCCGCCGAAGAUAUGGAAAGUCCGAUACAAAUGCCGAAAAUCGGUGGCAUUGAAAAAGCCAAGUCGUUUCGGCUGUGAUUAUAUUGGAUGCGACAAAAAAAUCACACAUCAAUAUAACCAAACAAACAAAAAAAAAUUAAAAAAAAACAAACAAAACACACGUAUUUCUGUGUGUGUUUGUAUGGAUUUAAUUAAUUAAUUUUUAUA